AUGGUUGAUACCGGUGCUACGCACACUUUAAUCACUCGUUCUUUCCUUGAUACGCUACCUGGCGCUCAAUUUACUCAAACCGCUGCUAUUUCUGCUUUACUUGGUGAUGCUUCCACUGCCCUUCACGUUCAUGGUGUUGCUCACUUAUGUGUUUAUGUUAACCAGCUUCCUACAUAUGUUUCUGCUUAUGUUGUUGAUUCUUUGGGUGUCAAUCUGAUUCUUGGUAUGGAUUGGUGUCGUACUUAUGAUGUUUCAAUCCAUAUUCGUCAACAUGAAAUUCGUCUUCAUCACUCAUCUUAUGGCUCCACGUCAAUCUCUUUUCUUCCUAGUGUUUCAAUUCCCGCUCGUCUCACUCAUGCAGUUCAUCUGAAUCCUUCUUAUGAUCAUAUAGUUCAACUAUCUGCUCCUUUAUCCUCCGCUGUCGCAGUUGUGUUUACUCCUGAUUCCAAUCUGUGUCAACGCAAACGCCUUUUUAUUCCGGAUGCUGUCGUAUGUAUUGAUCGUUUUCAUACCUCUCUUGUUGUCUCUAAUCUUGCUGCCAAUUCUUGUAUGUUAUCUUCGAACACUGUUCUUGGUACUUUCACAUUCUUCUCUUCUUUUCCGGCUGCCAUCAAUCUUGCCUCUCUUUCUCAUUCACAGUCUUCGUUUGCCGCCUCUUCACCGUUUUCUCUAGCGUCUGUUUCCACUGUCGCUAUUUCUGAUAUCGAUCCUGUUAUUCAAACCUUAAUAAAUCCUAUCUCUGAUAACUCAACUCGUCAGACAUUUCCUUCUAUCCUUCACAAUCAUCGUCGAGUCUUUGAUAUAUCUAAACACAGUAUUGCUGAUACUAAAAUCCGUCAUGUCAUCAUCACCGGCGAUCAUGCGCCUAUCAGUGCUCGCCCUUACUAUCGUACUGUUGAACAGCGGAAAGAGCUUCAACGUGAGGUCGACCAUAUGCUGCUUUCUAAUAUCAUUCGCCCCUCUACUUCGCCGUGGUCUUCACCUGUCAUCCUCAAGAAAAAACCUGAUGGUACAUUUCGUUUUCUAGUAGAUUUUCGCCGUCUGAAUUCCAUCACAAAGAAAGAUGCGUAUCCUCAGCCAUCUGCGGAAGAACUCAUCUAUCGUCUUUCCGGUCAUAGCUUUUUCACUAAACUUGAUUUGAAAAGUGGCUACUUUCAGAUUCCUAUUGCUGAAACUGACCGCGAGAAAACUGCAUUUGUCACUCCCGAUGGUCACUAUGAAUUCAACGUACUUGCGCAAGGUUUGACCAAUGCUCCCGCUAGCUUCCAGCGCGUCAUGAACAAUCUCAUCGCCACUGGGCGCUGGGAUUAUGUCGUUGUAUAUCUUGAUGAUAUCGUCAUAUUUUCUCAUUCUCUUGAGGAACAUGCUCACCAUGUCGCUGAGAUUUUGUCUAUCCUCGAUAAGGCGCAUUUUAAAGUUUCUCCAUCCAAGUGUACCAUCGCUGCGCGUGAGAUCGACUUCCUUGGUCUUGUCGUUUCCGCUACUACCGUUGAACCGUGUCCCGAUAAAAUUCAAGUUAUCUUGGACAUUCCUCUCCCUCGUACCCUCUCUCAAGCGAAUCGUUUUCUCGGUAAGAUCGGCUACUAUCACAAAUUUAUCCCCGACUUUGCUCGUAUUGCCGCUCCACUCCAUAAAGUAACUAUUAAAACUCGUACCAAACGUCAUGAAUUCUAUUGGCAUGCUGAACAACAACUCGCCUUCGACGAAUUCAAACGCAUCCUUACAUCUGCUCCACUCUUCCUCCACUUUCCCGAUCCAUCGCUGCCAUUCAUUCUUUCAACUGACGCUAGUUUAACUCGUAUCGCCGGUGUUCUCAAACAAGAUACUCCUGCUGGUCUCAAAGUCUGCUAUUAUAAAUCUCGGUUACUCUCGGCCACUGAACAACGGUAUUCCACUACUGAACGUGAAGCUCUUGCCAUUUGUUGGUGUUUAGAGCAACUUCGUUCUUGCAUAGGUACUUCGUCUAUUGUUAUUGAAACUGACCAUCAGCCUUUAGCGAAUAUGCAUAAGAACUAUAAUUUCCGUAAUAAGCGUAUUGACAAUUGGUUACUCAAACUUCAAGAUCUUCUGCCUCAAAUUCUUUCCAUCAAGUAUCGCAAAGGUAUCGAUAAUGUUGGUCCUGACUUUCUCACUCGCUAUGAACCCAUUUCGUCAUCUUCGUGUGACUCGUCUCCCACCUUUGCAUCUCUUCCUCCAAGGUCAUGUCUUCCUACUACUGUUGUCGAUUCAAGUUGGCCACCAGGAACUGAAUCUUGGAAUACCAUUGUUGUAUCCCCAGUCGUUACUCGUUCCAAAGCUCGUUCUACCGUUACUACCACCGCUCCAGUUUCGUCUCCACCACCUGUUGGUGCGCUAACUUCGCCUGCUCCACCGCUUUCAUCUCCUCCUUUGAAUUCAUCUGAUGUAUCUAACCUUUCUCUAGAUUUAAGUCUUUCCCGUAUCAAAACCGAACAACACUCUGAUCCGUCUAUUUUGUCUCUCAUUUCCCAACUUCGAGCCGCUCCUACUCAUCCUCAAUAUGUCUUAGACAAUGAUAUUCUUUUUCAUCUUGUCUUUCGUUCUUCUUCGCAGUCUCCUCUUCGCAUUCCUUAUCUCCCCAAAAGUCUUGUUCCACUCGUGCUUCGCCUCUAUCAUGAUCAUCCUAUCAGUGGUCAUUUUGGAGUUCAUCGAACUUUCUUGCGUAUUCAGGAUAAAUUUUGGUGGCCUAACAUGCGCUCUUGUGUUCGGAAUUAUGUCGCCUCUUGUUCCGCUUGUGCUCGUCAUAAUAUCUCGCGUACCAAACUACCUGGUCAUCUUCACUCUAUCGAUCCGCCAACUGGUGUAUUUCAGUUGUUGCAUUUGGAUUUUUGGGGGCCUGUUCAUACCCCCUCUGCUUCGGGUAAUCGCUAUGUUAUUGUUCUCACAGAAACUUAUCCAAGUACGUGA